AUAUUAAAUGAAAUUGUUAAUAUAAGAUACAAUAUACAAUAAAUAAGACCUAUCUAAGUUACGAAAUCUCACCAUUAGUGUUGUUAAGUUGUGAUACACUUCAAGAAUACCUGUGACAUAAUUUUGUUGUUAUUUUAUUGAAAUCAGGGUUUUACAAAAUUUGGUGCCUUUUAUAGUAGAGUUGGUGCCUUAACAUGAAGCUGAAAGAAUUAAAGAAGACGGUCAACGUGAGCUGGUCGCCAGCGGAGCAAUAUCCGUCGAUGCUGGCUGCCGGCUCCGCGGCUCAGCAAGUCGAUGCCAAUUUCAGCUCCAAUUCCUCAUUAGAACUUUAUUCUUUAAAUUUAGAAGACCUAGGAUUAGAUUUAGAGCUUAAGGCCAGCUUGCAAACACAGCACAAGUUUCAGAAGAUAGUGUGGUCAGGAGCGGGAACAAUAGUUGGUGGCAGCGAUGGAGGCUUGCUUCAAUUCUAUAAUACCGAGAAAGUUCUCAAUAGUUCACCUGAUGCACUUGUUGGAAGCAGCAAUAAACAUAAUGGCAAUGUAUCUGCAUUGGAUGUUAAUCCAUAUCAAAAGAAUUUAUUAGCAUCAGGAGCAUCUGACAGUGAAAUAUUUAUAUGGGAUCUAAACAACACUAGCCAGCCAAUGGCACCAGGAAAUCGAAGUCAGCCCUUUGAACAUGUACAGGGGCUAGCGUGGAAUCAGCAGGUGCAACACAUAUUGGGCUCCACAUUUGCUACAAGGUGCCUUGUAUGGGACUUGAGGAAGAAUGAACCUAUUAUGAAAUUGAGUGACGCGCAGUCCCGCACCCGUUGGCGCAGCGUGUGCUGGCAUCCGGCUGUGGCCACUCAGCUCUGUAUCGCUUCGGAGGACGAUUUGCUGCCGGUCAUACAGCUUUGGGAUCUGCGGUUAGCAGCAUCUCCGUUGGUAACCCUGGAAGGACACAGCAAGGGAAUUUUGGGUCUAUCCUGGAGUCCCCACGAUCCUGACCUACUUCUGAGUGCCGGAAAGGACGGCCGACUGCUAUGUUGGAAUCCUAAUAACACCAAACCGGGUGGAGAACUGGUGGUGGAAGUGUGUCAGCAAGGCCAGUGGGUGAACGACGUGUCGUGGAGUGGCCGCACUGCGGGCGUGUUUGCGGCUGCGGCGGCGGAGCACGUGGCCGUACACUCGUUGCUGGGGGGCUCCAGGCCUGAUCGGCAAAGUCUUCACACGGCCAGCAACAUAAUGGAGUCGUUCGGGGGCGCGGACUCGUUCGCGGCACUCCCGGCCGUGUCCAGGGCGGAGCCCGCCUCGGCGCCCAACCCUCUGCCGAAGCAGCCGCCCGCUUGGCUCAAGAGGCCCAGCGCCGCCAAGUUUGCCUUUGGCGGAAAACUGGUGACGUUUGACAAGUGUCCACAAAGCGAAGAGGGUAGGAGAUUGGUGCAAAUCAGUCAGGUUGUGAGUGAGCCGGAGUUGGUGGAGAAAUCGGUGUCGCUGGAACAAGUUUUAGCUCUCACACUUAGCCGGGAACCACAGGCUGCCAACAGGCUCGCAGAGUACUGCCGCGAGCAAGGAGACGCGUCUUCCGAUCAGCACGAGCGGUACACAUGGUUCUUCCUUCGAGCCAACUUCCUUCCUUCUUUCCGCACUGAAGUGCUUAACUUGCUCGGUUACAAGCAAGACGAAAUCCCAGCGAAGUUCAAAAGUCAAAACGCUGGACACAUCCAAAACGACACAGCCUUUUUGAGCCGAGAAGCUCAAACCCUCAUCGAAAGGAAACUCGCGAACCUCGAUCUAGAAUCCACUGCCACAGAUGUCGUCAUCCCGAAAGGAGAAGAAUCAACGAGUUUGAUUUGUCGAGCUCUGGUCUGCGGAAACUUGGAAGAGGCCGUGGAACUCUGUCUCGACGCGAAGAGAGUGGCCGAUGCGCUUAUUAUCGCUUCUCUGGACAGCCAAGAGCUGGUCUACAAAGUACAGCGAUACCAUUUGAACGCCAACGCAUCAGACCCAGUGUCACUGAUCAGCGGAAGUCUUCUGCGCAGCAAGUGGGAGGGGCUCGUGCGAAGUUCGGCUCCCGAGAGCUGGAAAGACGUCUUGGCCACCCUCGUCACCCACGCAGACACCGAUGUCCUGCCGCACUACUGCGAAUUAUUAGGUGAUAAGUUAUCUGAGGAAUCGGACGUCAACUACAAAAAAGCGGCCCAGCUCUGCUACGUCGUCAGUGCGGCCGGAGACGCGUUAGCCGCGCGGUUAUCGCGCGAGAAACGCGACGUCAACGAUAUAGCAGAGUUGACGAGGCGAGCCCAACUCGCCCUGUUACUAAAAACCGCUGCGGAAACGCGCGGAAGACCAGUGCAGGACGGAGGCAGCUUGACCAGUAUUCUGACGGAGUACGCGGGGCGAUUGGCCUCUCAGGGGUGCCUCCAAAGCGCUCUCACCGCUCUCCAGGGAUCUCCUUCGGAAAUGUACGACCGACUCGCCACCGCGCUAGGGUUGGCACAGAACAGAUUUGCGCAGCAACACCCGCAGCAACAGUUCGCGGGCAGGAGUCGGACGGCGAGCGAACACUCGCAGAAACCUCAGCCGAACACCUUUUUGCCCAACAAUGCGGCGCUACCAUCGAAGCCGGAAGAGCAGUGGCAAAGAGCAUCCAACCCGUGGAACGCGCCAGUGCCAGCUGCGCCUGCGCAAGUGGCGCCUCCUUUGCAGCACUCGCGCCCUGGAAGCGUGGGACCUCAGCCUGGUAUAACAUCUCGCUCCAAAUACAAAGUGGACCCGUCGGUGCAAUCUGCCCCUCUUUACAGUCAAUAUGGCUUCAACAACGCGGUGACGGCUCAACCGCAAUUCGGUUACAAUAGUCCAAUUCCCGACCAAUAUAAUUCCGCCAGUGUCCCUUCACAUAACUUCACCCCCAUCAACCAGCCCAAUCCUAUGAACCCACCCUUGAACCCAAAUGUGCCAUUGAACCAGUCCAAUCAAUUAAAUCCAUCCAUUCCGCUCAAUCCAAAUCCGAACCCCUCGAAUCAAGUGAAUCGACCGGGUCAAACGAAUGGCUACUACGGCUCGCAGGGGGUCAAACCCGCCGCUGCCCCCGUCCCCUCCAAACCGGUCGCCCCCGGAUGGAACGACCCGCCCGUCAUGACCUCUAAGCCUAAGCCAAAGCCAGAAGUCCAACAGCAGGCCCCAAUCACUCAUCCGCUAUUCGGCGUUGAGCAACCUCAGCAUGUCCCGCUCAAUCCGUCACAGUAUCCGGGUCAACAGCAAUUCCCGGGUCAUCAACAAUUCCCGGAUCAACAAUCGUUCCCGGGUCAACAACAGUUCCCAGGUCAACAACAGUUCCCGGGUCAACAACAGUUCCCUGGCCAACAACAAAUUCCAAGUCAACAAUAUCCGGGACACCAGUUACCCGGGCAGCAACAGUUUAAUCAACAACCUUUCCAGCAACAGGGCCAGUUUCCUGGUCAGCAAUUUCCUCAGCAGUAUUCAGAUCAGUAUCAGCAGCAAGCAUAUCAACGGGCGGAAAGUCCAGCGCCGGUGCAGCAGGCUCCCGUGCCGAAAGGCCCUAUUCCGGAGCAGCAUCAGAUUUUGCAGACAAUUUUUGAGCAGUUGAGACAUGACUGCGCCAACAAUGCCACUAGCUCGGUUACGAAGAGAAAACUUCAAGAAAUUCAGAAGAAGCUAGAGAAUUUGUACGACUUACUACGAUUUAAUAAGCUCUCGGAAAGUUCGUUGGGGACGCUCCACUCGUGCGUGCAGUGCGUCCAAAGCGGAGACCUGAACGGCGCUCAGCGUGCGAUCAUGUCUCUGGCCGGAGACGUGGACUUCGCUCUGGUGGCCAGCUUCAUUCCAGCUAUUAAGACGCUCCUGACCUUGGCCGACCAGCAAUCGCGGUAGUUUAGCUUUUUUGGAAUAUUUUGAAUUCAUCUCAAUCACCGAUCGCGAAUGAUUUUCCAUUUCAAAGGAGUCUUAAGGAUUUUCUUGCCUUGAUUGUUAAUUUAAGGCUUGACUGUGAGUGUCACGUUAUUAGAAUUAUCUCAGCUAGUAUUUUAAUUGCUUACAGUGACGAUCUAAACGGAAGUUAAACUAUUGAAUGAUUUGCGCUUUAAGAGUUAUCAAAAUUGUUUGUUCACGAUCACUAAUUGUAUGAAUUGUUUUUUAAAUAAAAUAUAUUAUUUAGUGAUUCUAAAAUUUUAUUAAUAUAUUAAUGUUUUUGAAUAAUGUUUUGCAUCCUACAAUAUUUAUUAAGAUGUGUUUGCUAAAGUUAUGGAAAUAAUUAUAUCUUUGAAGUAUGUAAAAUAACUUAAUAAAAUAUAAUUGUAUUAUAUCCUAAUGACUGUAUCAGAAUGUACAUUAUAAACAGUGUAUACUUAAUUAAGUCUUAGUUAUAUUAUAAAUGAAAUAUAUUUUGAGAAAUUA